AUGAUAACAUCAUGUAAAAGAUUAAGAGUUUCGAAAAAAGGAUUUAAGGAGCGAGAUGAUAGAAAAUAUACUGAAAUAAAUUCUAUAAGAUGCGAAAAUGAUGUAAUGUCUGUUGAAAAAUUAUCUCUAAAUACUAACGAAUCAUUGACCAAGGAUUAUACUUCUUUAGAAAAACUAAAUAAAAUUUGUAUCGUAAACGAUGAAAAAUAUACGUUGCCUGUAUCGGAAGAUUUAUUAACAUUUGCGCUCAACGAUUAUUUUGAACGACAAAGGUGCGAUGACGAUGAAAACAAUAAAUUAUAUAGCUUGGGUAAAAAUUAUAUUCCGAAAAAUGAGUUAGCUAGUUCAACAUUGUUUUCGGAGUUUGACUCCAAGGCUUAUAAAAAUGCUUUUUCGGUUUUACAUGGGGAUACUAUAUUGAAUCAACUUCUAGAUCUUGAGAAUAAUGAAGAAGAAAAUGUUGGCAUACCCUAUUUAAGAGGGAGUAAUCUCGAGGGAAAGAAAAUCUGUUACAGUUUUGGUACCGGAUUAUAUUAUAAGGUGAAUGAAAAUAAAAAUUAUUUUAAUCUUGAUAUGGACAUUUUUUCAGCUAUGGAUUGUCAUAAAUUUGCGAGCUUUUCCGAGGAACUUUUAUGUGCAGCCAAAAACGAUAACGAUUAUUUUAAUGAUUAUGGGGAAACUUGUCAUAUUAAUUACGAUAAAUAUUUUUUGUGUGACAAAGAAAAUAUAAUUAAUGACAAUGAAUCCCUCUGUAAUAAAAUUAUUUAUGACGCGAAUUCCCAUAAUGUCCUAAAAAAUUUGACUGAAGAUAGAGAUUUUAUUAAUCCAUCACUUGAGGAUAAAGUUAACGAGAAUACAAGUAAUAGUGAGGAUUGGAAUCAUCCAUUAGAUUUAUCAUUCCCCCGUAAUUCGAUUCUGAGUUCACUUGACGAUUCAUAUUUAAAUAUUGACAAGAUACAUACCAAUGAUCAAAUUAUAAUAAACGCCGAAGCAUUAAGCAAUCAAAUGUCGGAUGAAACAAGAGAUUCCGAUUUUGAGCUUCUAAAAAAUUUGGUAAGCAAUAAAAGCAAUAUCCUUCACCUCCGCACCGAUAAUGGGAGGGUAUCAGAUCAAGUUCUCGAAAAUGGGGAUGAGGAAAUUUCGAGUACUAAGGUGACAUUUACCAAUAAAAACACCCGCAACUCUCUUGGAAAAACCGCGACAUUAAAAAAUAGGCAGAUGAAGCUAAUAAAAUUUGAAAAAGGUAGAAAUAAAAUAUCUUUAGAUUCGAAUAAAGAAAAUAAACAUUCAAACAUAAAUAACCUUAGUGAUUCGACCAUAAACACUUCAAAUGAUAAUUUAAUCAAUUAUAAAAGGUCUAACAAGAAGAUAACCCCUUCCCGGAAUAUAUUUCAAGAUAGUAAAUUUUCAAUACGUAAUGAGUCAAAAUUUCAAGAACCCGUCUAUCAAGAUGAAAAAGUGCUAGCCUGCGAACUUUCUGAGAAACUCUUCGAGACUAUAAAAGGUUUACAAAGACAUGUUAAGGUUAUUCAUCACAAGAUCAAAGAUAAUUUGUGCGAAUAUUGCGAAAAAUCAUUUGGUCGAGUGGCUAAUUUGAACAGGCACAUGAAAACUGUUCAUCACAAGAUCAAAGAUAAUUUGUGCGAAUAUUGCGAAAAAUCAUUUGGUCGAGUGGCUCAUUUGAACAGGCACAUGAAAACUGUUCAUCACAAGAUCAAAGAUAAUUUGUGCGAAUAUUGCGAAAAAUCAUUUGGUCGAGUGGCUGAUUUGAACCAGCACAUAAAAACUGUUCAUCACAAGAUCAAAGAUAAUUUGUGCGAAUAUUGCGAAAAAUCAUUUAGUCGAGUGGCUGAUUUGAACCAGCACAUAAAAACUGUUCAUCAAAAGAUCAAAGAUAAUUUGUGCGAAUAUUGCGAAAAAUCAUUUGGCCAGGUAUCUAACUUGAACAGGCACAUAAAAGUUCAUCACAAAAUAUAA